AUCAGGAAUGCUAUCCGCCGACUUGGCUUUCGCUUGGCGUACUGAGCACACGUCUGUGUAUCUGUCCAGAUCCCCUCCUCUCUUGGCGGCACGGUGUUGAUUGUAUUGCAGAUCCAUGUAGAACGUCAACCUGAACCUCAGUGGCCUGUCGCGGCGUUCUGUUGCUGUUUAGUACCGAGACGUCUGUGGCACCUAUGCGCCGCCAGUUAUCCUCCUACGCGGCCCCUACUGCGAGCGGAGUGGCCUGUUGCCCUCGAAGAGGACGUUGUCGAGCGUCUAAUCUAAUAUAUGAUCUUGGUUACCUUGCUCGCCACAGCGCUCGCCCGGCGCGAAUUCAGCUCACGUCUUGGCGCCAAGUUGGCCCCAUCUGCGCUUCACAUCCAGGUGAGGGAUAUGGUUCCUUUCGUAAACGCGAUCUGUCACAUUCGUGGUCGGGCCUUCUGUACGCCAUUUCGAUCAGGCAUCGAGCCACGGCAAUCCGCUCGAGAGUGAAGUUCGGUCCUCGAUACCUCCCAUUAUCCGCGGGGAGGGGGAGAGAAAAGGGAAGGGGAUCAGGGGGGUUGCUCUUUGCAGGGUGGCCAGUUGAUCUGGUGGACGAGCUCAAUAAUUUCCAGAGCUCACAACGCUACCCAAUCAUGUCGUCGAUCCUGAGCUGCAGGGUCGACGGCGUGUUGGCCGGCGAUGUAUCACCCACGUCGCUGCCCGAGGCCAGAGUACCACGGUGCUCUUCCCCCUUCCACAUGUUUCAGGGAUCAGGGUCUCAUUGGCGAGGAGUUGAUGUCGUGGUUCUGUUUUGGCCCCCCCCCCGAAGGCUAGACGCCGUGAGAGACGGCGGGCGAGAAAACAGCGAGCUCCUCCACCGCCAAGGACAGGUCGUAGCAGCGGCCCCGAGAUGGCCGCCGUAGUCGGAUCAUGCAUUUGGCGUGCUCGGCGUUCGUCCGAUAUGCGUAGGUACUUACUACAUUGGCGGUCCUUGGCGCGCCCAGAGCGUCGAACAAGACCGCGUCGUGAGGACACUCGCAGUGGCAUUUCGUCGAGCCAAGACACUUCUGCUCUCUACAGUGCGGUUUAUUCGUCCUCUCCACGCACACAUGUCUGUCUCUCGAUCGUCUCUGUCCGAAAGAUAAGCGUCUGCUCAACACUGUCAGCUAACCCCCCGUUUUUCUUUUCUUUUUGUCAUUAUCUAUCCCCCUUCGCGUCUCCCUGCAAGUCGAGAUCGAGGUAGGCG